AUGUUAAACACGAAACUUAUAACUGUUGUUGCACUGCAAAUAACAUUAAACCUUGUACGUUCUACAGUUUUUAAUAUUCGAGACUAUGGUGCUAUUGGUGAUGGAAAGACCGACGAUACACGUGCAAUACUUGAAACUAUCGCUAACUGUACGGUAAACGGUGGUGUACUCUAUAUACCGACUGAAAGUGGUGGCGAAUUGUCACAAUUGACAAUACGUGAUUUUGUUAUUACGUCAAGUGUUGUUCCGAAAUCAUUGGAUAAGUUUGCCAUUUAUGCUGAAGACCUAGUUAGAAGUCAAAUUCAACAUCUUAUAAUUAAUUCAAACGAUUCAAAGAAUUUUCCAGUACCUGGUGGUAUAGCAAUGGUGGGAGUGGCAGAUACGAAUACUGUACGCGAUGUUUUAAUGUGGGAGAUUAAGGGCACAGGCAUAGAAAUUGGUCAUGGUUCAGAGAUACGAAUCUUAGGCGGUAGAAUCGUUGGUGCCAAUGUUCGUUUUGAUCAAAGUAUCGGCAUUCAUUGUACUGGUAAUAACGGUGGUGUUCAUUUGCAGAAUACGGAUGUUAUUGCUCUGGGAACUGGAAUGUUGAUAGAGAAUAGUAGUGGUGCUGGUUCUAAUCGAGAAAUUUUCAUUGCACAUGCUACAAUUGAUUCAAAUGGUAGAGGUUUGGUCAUUCGUGAUAAUAGUUAUGUAUCGAUUAUUGGUAUAUGGGCUGCAUCUAGCACGAUCGAUCAGAUCUUUAUCGAUGUAAAUACAACGGCAAUUCUAUCGAUCAGUGGAGGUACGAUCUUCAAUGGUGGAGUGUAUGAAUGCCCGAACAAUUCUAACUGGUGUAACGGUCUGACGGUGAACAGCGGCACAUUUAUUCUUAAUGGCGUUGAAGUACGUAAUAAUAAAGGUCGUGGCAUUUGGAUACCGAAUAUAUCAGUGACACAAUAUCAAAUUAUUGGAUGUCGUAUAUUUGCGAAUGGACAAGGUCUAAACGUCACUGGCUCUUCAUUUAUAAUUACUAACAAUGUGUGUAAUUCAAAUCAAUUACCUAAUGUUAUCUCGGGAAAAGAAUCAUCAAUAGUACACAGCAACCUUGGUUGUUGA